AUGAUUGGCCCAGCUUCAGCUAGGGUUGUUUGGGGGUUUUCGCGUCUUCAAAUCGGUAGGCGAGACACGACAGAAAAUAUCUUGUCAGACAUCAUCGAUCCGAUGCUGUCGGAUCUUACAAGGGAUUUGGCAGAGGAAGUCCUGAUAAGGCUUCCGGUGACAUCAAACAGAGCAGUGCGAUCUGUUUGCAAGAAAUGGAACAGUUUAUCCAAAGGUCGAGGCUUUACAAAGAAGCACCUUGCUCGAGCGAAAGCAGCAGCGGCAAGGGAGUCUAUGGUGGUGAUGAGGAUAAGUCAUCGGCUUUAUCUGAUGAGCAUAAACCUCCACAAGGGCGUCGACGCAUGUAUAAACCGUCAAGGUAAACUUAUCAGCCUAGACGAUUUAAAUCGAGUCGAUAUAUAUCAAGUCUAUCACUGCGACGGCUUAUUGUUAUGCGUCACGAUAGAUGAAACUAGACUCGUUGUUUGGAAUCCGUAUACUGGCCAAAACCGGUGGUUCAAACUAUUACCUGAUAGCUAUGGAAUCUGCCGCUAUAAUUAUGCUAUAGGAUACGAUGAGAUUAGCAAAUCACGCCGCAAGUACAAAGUUUUGAGAUUUGGUUUAACUUGUCACGAAAACGUUCGGUGUGAAGUCUACUACAUCAACCCUUCCAAGGAUGAUACUACAAUGCCUAUCACUAUCAACACGGAGUGGGAUAUAGAGUUUUAUGCACGUGGCGCGUCUUUGAAUGGAAAUACUUAUUGGUUUGCUCAGCAGCUGCUUCCACAUCCGGUUGACAUAUCAGAGGUCCCAGAUUACUUGAUCUGUUAUGAUUUUACCACAGAGAGAUUUGGACAGCCUCUGAGUCUACCGUUUCACUCUUACGCCGAGGACACUGUGAGUCUCUCUAGUGUUAGGGAUGAGCAGCUUGCUGUGUUGUAUCAGCACCAGUUUACAUUACGUAUGGAGAUAUGGAUCACCACUAAGAUUGAUCCUCAAGUGGUAUCGUGGAGCAAAUUUUACAUGUUAGCCGUGGAUAUGGAACCACUCAUUGGUCAACAUCAGUUUGAUGUCGCAUUUGCGAGUUUCUUUGUUGACGAGGAGAAGAAAGUCGCCGUCGUUCUUGAUCUUGCUCGACCUGACAGUGGGUCGUCAUUGGAGAGGGUGGCUUAUAUCGUUGGGGAGGAUGGAUAUUUCAAAAAAGAGGACUUAAAAGGAGGAGGAUCUGACAAAAUUUAUCAUGGCCCACAUGUGUGCUCUUUUGUCCCAAGUUUAGCGCAAAUCAAACCAGGCGGCAAAAGGAAGAAAAGCCACUUUGUCAAGUACCCCUAG